AUGGCACCUCUGAUGCCUUCCGAAGACCCCAACUCUCCUAAAACACGGCUUCUUACGCUGCUGAACGUCUCUGCCUCGCGCAGUAAUAAGAAGCGCUGUAUCGACGCGGUACUCCAACCUGAGGAGAGUGGGCCACGAAAAAAAUUGAAUGCGAGGAAGACUGCUGCUGUAGUCGAAGAGAAGACGACUCAGGAUGUAGAGGAGGAGAGAAAGAGUGAGAAAGGGGAGAGCGAGAGUGAAGAUGAAGAGGACCAGGCUCAAGGCACGGAGGUUUCCGAUACUGAUUCGGCUUAUAAAUUCCACUUCGGGCCUUCACCCUCUAUACUGACCGACCCCGCACGGACGUCGACGCUCGAGCGCACAUGGACGACCACAACUCAAACUUACGGCGCGCUCGGCCAAUUUGCAUCCUCAAUGCCCUCCACUGCGAGUUCUACUGGAUCAUCCUUCGAUGACGCUACUGCCUCAGAAAGGUUACAUGCCCGCCUUCGCCCUACAUGGUCCAACCACUUGUCCAAUUUACCGCCGAAAAGUCGCUCUCAACAUUCAUCUGCGCUCGGAUUAUUGGCGAGCAGGGAAGACGUGUACCACCCGCACCUUGCCGGAAACGUCGUGUUACACGAGACUUGGAGGAGAAGCGCCGCGGCACAUGGCCUAGACCAUGUGCUGAAGAAGAGCGACAUCGUACUAGCGAAUAACAAGAAGCUGAAGGCACGGGAGGAGAAGUUGAAGAAGGGAAGCAAGAAAGGCGAUGCGAAGGAUGUAGAGAAGGAUGAUGCGGCGAAGGGGAAGGAUGCCGUGGAGGAGGAGGAGAUAGAGCCCGACCAAGGCUUCACGCGUCCAGCCUUGCUCAUUCUUACGCCCUUCCGCGCGCAAGCGUUGAAGUGGCUCUCCACGCUUUCAUCUUCCCUCCCUGGCAAGAUUGAAGGCGAAGAUCGAUAUAAGAGAGAGUUCGGACUUCCAGAGGGCGCGAGCGAUAAGUUGAAGGAUGCGCCGAGAGGGACGUACGCAGAAGACCAUGUUGAGAUGUUGAGUGGGAAUGUAGACGAUAGCUUCCGCCUGGGUCUACGUCUCACCAAACGUGGGAUGAAGGCCUUCACCGAAUUCUACUCUUCUGACAUCCUCAUCGCUUCUCCCCUUGGUCUCCGCCUCGCUAUCGAGAAAGCCAAGAACCAUGACUUCCUGAGCAGCAUCGAGCUCUGCGUGCUCGACCAAACGGACGUGAUGCGCAUGCAGAACUGGGAACACGUUCAGUUCGUCAUGUCCAAGCUCAACGAGCUGCCCAAGGAGAGCCAUGAGACGGAUUUCGGGCGUGUCAAGCCUUGGUACCUGGACGGACAUGCUGCACACCUCCGUCAGACUAUCAUUCUCUCUCGACACGAAACCCCCGAGAUGCGCGCGCUGUAUAAUAAGACGCUCAAGAACGUGGCUGGGAAAGUUCGCGCUGUGAAGAGGUACAGUGCGGUCAGAGUGCCUGAGGGCGUCGAUACACAAUUCUUGGCACUGCCGCCGUCUUCAUCUACUACGAACCCUGUGAGCGAGCCGGACGCGAGGUUCAACUUCGUCACGACGCAGGUCCUCCCGACAAUGCUCAAGAGUGCAGUCCAAUCCUCCGGCGCGUGCGUCGUCGUGCCCGACUCCUUGGACUUCGUGAGGGUACAGAACUGGUUCAGGAAACAAGAGCUCAGUCACGCUACACUCUCAGAGUACGCAACCGGCCCCGAGAUCUCUCGCGCACGACAAGCGUUCUUCGCGGGGAAGAAGAACUGGUUGGUCGUCAGCGAGCGAUUCUGGUUCUACCACAGGUACACGUUGAGAGGGAUCCGGCACCUGCUGUUCUACGCCCCGCCCGCGCAUCCACAGUGUUAUGCCGAGUUCGUGGCUUACCCGUUCUCUGAUAAGGAUGUCCAACCUGAGGAUGUGACAGUCCGCCUCGUCGCGGGUAGGCUCGACGCGCUCGCGCUGGAAAGGAUCGUAGGGAGUAAGGCAGUUGGAGGGCUUAUUAGUGGGGCGCGAUGA